GGACCAAUAGUAGCGAAGGGGCGGGGCUUCCCGCCUAGGGCUCUGCUGUGCUCCAGAGUUACGGAGGGAAAGGCGAGAGAGGCCGGCGGCGCGAGGGGGUCUCCGGAAGCGGCCCCUGCUGCAUCUCCAUCGAGGAUGGCCUCUUGCUGAUCCGGCACAAAUUCUCCUCCGUGGCACCAGAAACAGCAACUGCUGGUGGGGGAAAUGGCUACAGCAAAUAAGGGCACUAAGCCCAAGACCGGAAGCGUCCGCUUCGCCCCGAACCAGACAGUGGAGGGCUCUUCCAGCCACGUCCACUUUGAUGAGAAGCUUCAUGAUUCGGUGGUCAUGGUCACUAAGGAGAAAGACGGGAACUUCCUGGUGAAGGUUGGCUUCCUGAAGAUCCUGCACAAGUACGAAAUCACGUUCCUUCUGCCUCUUGUGCAUCAUCUGGGGAAAGAGGUCUGUGCCACGAACUUGCCGAACCUGAACCUUCGAGUGAUUGACAUAGUGCCGGCAUCUGAAGGUUACACCGUCAAGUGUGAGUACACGGCCCACAGAGAAGGGGUCCUCCGGGAAGAGAUGGAGCUUUGCAGCACAGCUGACCACGCUGCCUCCGUCAAAGUGGUCGUGCAAGCCAGAGUGAUGGAUCGCCACCUGAACGCGCACCGAUGCUCCUGGAAGGGGUGAAGUGCAUCGGAUCGGAGCCAGAGUACCUAAUUUCGGGCAACCAGCGGAAUGUACGGCUUUUGGAUUAGGCUGACCCGGAUCUCCGCUGCCCCUGCAAAAGCCUCCUCCGGUCGAUGGAAGCUCUCUAGGGUUUUAUAUACAUAUCUAUUUUCCAGUUCAGCUUGAAGUUUUAAGAAAGAAAAAAAAUAAGCACCUCUUCUUCAGUUGUUUACUGGCUGCCAGCUGCCGAAGCGUCCCCUGUUUAGUGGCUGGCCCCGUGGAGCUUGUCUUGUGGAUUCGGGUGCUGUGUUUACUUCUGCUCCCCUUCCGCCCGUCACGUCCAGGCCCCGCCCCACUUACCCUCUGCUUUCAAUGGGUUGUUGCUGAUUCCAGCCAACAGGUAAGGUACGGACCGGCGCUCCACCGCCUCUUCAGCCUUCAGUGUGCAGCCUGUGAGAGUUACGUGCCCAUCGACCUCACGAGGAAGGACCGUGCUUGCAAAGAGAGUUGUCCCAAAAGGAGUUGGAGUUGUGUUCUCUAAACUGGUUUUAAGCAGUUUGGUUGUUUGCAAACUUGCCCAAAGUCUCUGCAGCUGCUGCAGUCGAAAGAGGAUAGUGCCGCCUCGCUCCCGUGGCUGCUGCGCUUCGGCUGUAGAACCGGGAGUUCCCGGUGCACAACAGCUGCCCGGCGCACUUCAGCGGCCAGAGGUCAGAGCCUGACCCCUUCAGCCAUGGAAAAAGCUGGCAGAGAGGAGACCACAGGUGGCUUGGACAGUUCUAGAACCCCCCGUUGAGCACUAAGUGGCUGGUUCCGGGACCGAAAAAAGAGUUGUCCUGCUCCAGAGAUUUGGGUGAGGAAUUAAGGGUUUCCUGACAGGGCUUCUAACAUAGAGCUCUCUUUUAUAGCUGCCCCGGUUUCCUGGGGGGGCAAUUCACGUGACUACCGGCUGGGGCAGGAUCUGCCUCUUCCUCCACCCCCUCCUGCCCCCGUUUCCAAACCAAACUAUCAGCUUGAAGCGGUUCCAUCACAUCACAUCAGCUGAAGCCGGUUUCCCAGUUUACCGCCUUUUGUCUGUUCAGGACCAGAGUCCCUAGGCAGGCGGCAGGCAAACUGUUCCAACAACUCUUCCCCCCCCCACCCCCGAUUUCCUCAGUUGUGAGGUUUUCCUAAGAAGUUGAGCCUAGAGGCCUUUUGAGAGAUUCACGAACGAUCUCUUUGUUGCAAGCCAUACGGUGUCUUGAAAUGUGUGUGUUUUCUCACCUUUGUACCUGCUGCAUUUUUAAAAAAAGUUCACCCACCCCACCCAACCUCUUCGUUCAUUGUAAACCUGGACCCCCCCGACUCCCAUCACGCGGCAUUAAUUCUGGUGCUAACAUGCCAGGGAACGAACUUGCAGAGAUUGGUUCUUCCUGAUGUGUUAGUGGUGGUGGGGUGGUGGUGGAGAGGGGGUUCCUUGCAGAUGUUUUUGGUGAAGGGGCUCAAAACGGCGGCAUCAAUUUGAUAACUGCCCCCCUCAACAGGAUAUAGGAUGACCCUGUUUCUUGCAACAGGACUGUGCUCUGAAGCGCUGUGUGGUUCAGAGGGCCACUGCGAUCCAGAUAAGAGGAGCCGAACUUUGCUCCCCUCUUGGUCUCCCUGCCCUGUUCUCCUCGCAGGCACAGGCUUGGGUAGUUUCCCUGCUCAAGCAAGGGGAGAACUUCCAUGAGAGAUAUCCCCCACCCCCCACCCCAAUUUCCCUGCCUCAGUGCCUUGGCGGCAGCUGGCAUCUCUUCACCCAUCACAACUUUUCCGAGUUUUCUUUUUUUUAAUCACCUCUUGACUACUGUUAACUCUAUUCAGAUCGUAAUAUCAGGUCCCCAAAACUGGCAGCUUCCUGUUUU